AUAGCUGACUGCUCUGCUCUGCCCGGAAGCUCCUCUAUCCAUGGCCUGGGACGCGCGUGCUGGUCCCAGUCCCAGCCUUCUCUUCCUCCUCAUCGGCUUGGCUGCCUCCCUCCUACCGACGUCGCCGGCGCAGCCCACGGACGUCAACGUGGGGCUCAUAAUCGAUGCCGCUUCGCCGGUGGGCAAGAUCGCCACAACCACCAUCCCCAUGGCCCUCGACGACUUCUACGCCGCCUUCCCCAACUCCACCGCUCGGGUUAAGAUCCUGCAGCACGAUUCCGGCGGGGACGUCGUCGCCGCCGCGUCCGCCGCCUUGCAGCUGAUGACCAGGCAGGGAGCCCGCGCCAUCCUCGGCCCACAGUCGUCCGUCGAGUCGGCGUUCGUGGCCGACCUCGGCACGCGGGCCGAGGUCCCCGUGGUGUCCUUCUCGGCGACGAGCCCGUCGGUGUCUCCCACCACGGCGAGGUUCUUCGUGCGCGCCGCGCUGAGCGACGCGGCGCAGGCCGGCGCGCUCGCCGCGCUCGCCACGUACUUCGGGUGGCGCCGCGUGGUGCCCAUCUACCAGGACGACGACUACGGAGCCGCCUUCGUGCCGUUCCUCGUGGACGCGCUCACCAGCGCGCGCGCCACCGUCCCGUACCGCUGCGCGCUCCCAGCCGCUGCGUCCGACGACGCCAUCGCCGCUGCGCUGUACCGGAUGGAGUCGGAGCAGACGCGCGCCUUCGUCCUCCACACGCGGCCCGGGCUCGCGGAGCGCGUGCUCGACGCCGCCACGGAGGCCGGCAUGAUGGGCGAGGGGUACGCGUGGGUCAUCACCGACGGGCUCACGGGGCUGCACGGCUUCGUCAAGCCGCCGCAGGGCGUGAUCGGGCUCGCGGCCUACGUGCGCGACACGCCGCGUAUGCGCGACGUCGAGAGGCGGUGGGCGCACCGGUACAUGCGCGAGCACCCGGAGGCGGAGCCAAGGGCGCACGCCGAGAUGGGAUGCUACGCCGUGUGGGCGUACGACGCCGCGUGGGCUGUCGCGUCCGCGGCGGAGCGGCUCAGCUCGAGCGACCUGUCGUCUCCACCCGGGCUGGUCGGCGGCAAUGGCGGGCCCACCGACAUCGCCGGGCUUGGCAAGUUGAUGUCAGGCGAAAGUUUCCUUGGCGCCAUCAACGACACAGAGUUCGAGGGCCUCGCCGGCCGGUUCAACCUCACCAACGGCGAGCUCGCGGUGCCGGCCUUCGAGGUGGUGAACAUCAUGGACAAUGGGAAGGAGAGGAGCCUCGGGUUCUGGACGCAGCAGCACGGGCUCAGCCGGCACGUAGGCCGCCGUUCCGAGGAAUUGAACGGCGAGCUCAAGCCGGUGAUCUGGCCGGGAGACUCGACGGAGCGGCCAAGUGGGUGGGUGCAGCCGACGAUCGCGCGGAAGCUGCGGGUGGCGGUGCCGGGGAAUGUCUCGGACAGCUACCGUCCGAUCGUGCACCUUGACGUGGACCCCGUGACGAACCAGACGACGGCCGGCGGGUUCGUGAUCGAGGUGUUCGAGGCGGCGGUGCGGCUGCUGCCUUACGCGCUGCCGUUCGAGUACGUCAGGGCCAAGUCCAUGCCCUACGACGAACUCGUCGAAGCAGUUCGUAAUGGGACGUUUGACGCAGCGGUGGCAGACAUCACCAUGACCGCAAACCGGUCGAAAAAUGUGGACUUCACGCUGCCUUAUGAGGCAACGGCCAUCGCCAUGGUGGUGGCAGUGCGCGACCAGCGGAGCAACAAACGGACGUGGGUUUUCCUCAAGCCGCUCCGUUACGACCUCUGGCUCGUCAGCGCCGUGUUCUUCCUCUUCACCGGCUUCGUUGUCUGGGCCAUCGAGCACCGUGACAACGAUGACUUCCGUGGUCCACCCUCCUACCAGGUCGGCACCCUCCUCUACUUCGGCUUCUCCACCCUCGUCUUCGCCCACAGGGAGAGCCUGAAGAGCAACCUGUCGCGGUUCGCCGUGCUGGUUUGGGUGUUCGUCGUGCUCAUCCUACAGUCCAGCUACACGGCGAGCCUCACGUCCAUGCUCACAGUGCCGCAGCUGGAGCCGAGCGUCGCCGACUAUGGCGCGCUGCUGAGGGGCACGGAAAAGGUCGGGGUCAUGAAUAACUCCUUCGUGCUUAGGGCCAUGACGGCGUCGGGUUUCCCGCAGGACAGGCUUGUGCGGUACCCGAGAGCGCAGAGCUUCCAUGAGGCGCUGCUCAAUGGCAGCAUCGGCGCCAUAGUCAAUGAGACGCCGUACCUCAGGAUCUUCCUGAAGACCUACCGCGACAACUUCACCAUGACUGGCCAGCUCAACAAGACCGGCGGCUUUGGCUUCGCGUUUCCGAAGGGGUCGCCAUACGUGACGGACCUGUCGCAGGCGAUCCUGAAGCUCACGGAGAGCGAUGAGAUGAACAUGAUUGAGCGCAAGUGGUUCGGUGACCCAGACGAGGAUGGUUCUGCUGCGCAGGACGGCGGGCCAUUCACGUCGGACAGCCUCAGCUUCGGCAGCUUCUGGGGACUGUUCCUCAUCACUGGCGUCACAUCGAUCCUCUGCUGCACGGUGCACCUUGUCAGGUUCGUCGCGACUAACCGUGGGGAGCUCGAGCCACACUUGUCCUGGAAGGGCAGGAUCUGGAGGUUGGCCAAGAUCUUCGAUGACAAGGACCCCUCGUCGCACACCUUCAGGAUCAAGGACGAUGGUGGUUCCGUGGCUGGACGGACUGACACCGUCGCCUCCCCUCGUAUCACGCACAGUGAGUUUGGCAGCCCGCUCAGCGCGCCGUACACCAGCGACUGGUCAGUGGAGACAGCAAGCCCGGCGACUGGAGAGAUCGAGCUUGCCGCCGGUGGCGAAGAUAGGGUAGAAGUAGCUAACAGAGGACGGUAA